CCUCCAGGCUUCGGAGUGACUGGCUCAGCUGUCUCUCCCUCCGGCCAAGGAAGCCUUCCCUUCCCUUCCUUUUCCUUCCAGUCCACUUACCAGCCCGACGUCCAGAGUCCGCAGCCCCGUCCUUCUUGGGGAUCCAGCGCUCUGUACUUGGCUCUCUGCCGCCAUGCUGCGGGAUUUGAAGUGCACCCCGGACUCCAGGGAACCGGGUUGGUACCUGUCGCUGAUGGCCCCCAAUGUCAAGGGCCCCAAAUACGCCUGGCUGGACCCCUCCCGCCUCUACUGCCACCACCAGGCUUUCCACGAUUGCGUGGAGGACCUCAUCCAGCCAUUUCGGGGCGAGACCAUUGACUUGGUGGCUGGAAUUGACGCCAUGGGCUUCAUCCUCGGGGCCGCCAUUGCCAGCACGCUGCAGAAGGGCUUCCUGGCCAUCCGCAAGGUUGGGCAUCUCUGCGUGGAGACCCUGCAACAGCCCUAUCGGGACUAUUCUGGGAGGGACAAGCUCAUGGAGGUGCGGACAGAUGCCAUCGGGCCAGGCCUCCGGGUCUUACUGGUGGACCAGUGGGUUGAGACGGGCGGCACCAUGCAGGCCGCUGCCCAACUGGUGGAGCGGCAGGGAGGCCAAGUGGCAGGCAUCGCUGCCAUCUGCAUCGAAGACAGCGAGGGAGGCCGGCGGCUGAAACAGCAAUACAGAUGGAACCACUGCGUCCCGACGGAGAUGAUGCCCCAGUUCAACGCCCACCGAUUAGACGUCAACAAAGCCCAGCAAGGCUCAGAGUGAUCCAAACGCAGUAGAGCAUUGUAAUAGUAAUAUGGGUCUCGAGACUGGGGCCCUUUGUGUGCCUUUAUGUACUGCAACACCCAUCAUCCAUGCCUCUCUCUGCCAAAACAACAACAACGCCAAUAAAAAUCUAAUUUUA